AUGGGCUGCCAUCCUUCUGCUCGGAGGGGGCUGGGCGGCGAUGGUGCUGGCGGCAUUUUAUGCAUGGCAGGUGCGGAAACUAAGGCAACUGUUAGAGCGGUGGCUUCUGCUCAUGGCCUCGCACUAACGGAGGUGUCAACAGUUGCAGAAGCCAUGUUAAAUAUCGGCCGCGGGCGCUGGAUGGCCAUAGUAGCGGCUCUUGGGACUCGACGUGAGGAUAUGCUUUUCGACCGCGGGACAGAGAGCAGCUUGAUCCUGGCAGCGAAGCGCUUAGAUCCGCCGCCCCUUGUUGCCGUCUUUAGUUGGACAGCAUGCGACAAGCAAAACAUAGCCUCACGCUGUCGCCGUGCUGGGGCCGAUGCUGUCAUUUGCUCUGCAGAGGGGCUUGUCGAUCUUCUCGUGGCCCCAGCACCUCGCGUUCUAUGCCUAGCCGGUGAAGAAACCACUUCGACUGUUAAGAGCGUGGCGCGCAAAUAUAAUUUCACUGUGGUCAAAGUGUCGACAAACGAAGAGACGUUGGAUCAUGUUCGAAACAGGGGCCCCUGGGGUGCGGUCAUUGCUGCCCUAGGCACUCGUCCAGGUGUAGAUUUAAUCUUCGAUGGGGCAGCGGACAGGAGCACUCUCAUAUCUGUGGUAAAAAAGCUUAAGCCAUCGCCAACAAUGAUAGUUUUUAGCCACACAGCAUGCAAGCAUGGUGUGAUGAGUCAAGCAUGCAUGGACGCUGGUGCUGAUGCUGUGCUUUGCACGGCGGAGGAUCUGGAAAAGCUCGUUGCAGCUAUCGAGGCGAGCCGCGCGUCGUUCUUGCUUGACACGAGCGGCCCAGACGGGCCACUCCCGCCGGAACCGACUCCUCCAGAAAUGGACGCGGAAGAACCCAUAGCAAGCCCCUUCCCAAUCUACAGGACAAUCUCAGAAUAUCCAAUAGUUGUGACUCGCAUCGAGCAGAACCGUGAGCUGGAACGGAAGCUGGGCUCAUCCCAUCCUGCCAUUAAGGAGUUGAAGUCUUGGUUGCGUGACAUUGAGGAUAUGCUCAAUAGCUUGCCCCGUCCUCUGACAGUCACAUCUUUGACAUCCCCACUUCCACCUGUACGUUUCGUGCACAUCUCAGAUACCCAUCACCAUCACAAGAAUGUGUAUCUGCCACCAGGAGAGGUUCUACUUCACACCGGAGACCUUGUGGGCAAUUAUGGCGACAGAGACAUCUUCAAGCACUUGGCAGACUUUGUAGACUGGCUUUUCAAGAUCAGCUCACGCUUCAAGCUCAUUGUAGUAAUUGCCGGGAACCACGACACCUUGUUGGACGAGCAGAGAUAUCCGAGAGACGCUGCGAAAGCUAAGAAGCCCUUUCUGGAAAGUUUGCCGGGCAAUGUUGUAUACUUGGAGAACACUCUUGUGGAAUACCAGGGCCUGAAAAUUUGGGGCAGUCCGACUGUCAGUUGCCGAGAAGAGACUCUUGGCAAGAGGUACCUAAGUAAUGCUUUCGAACGGCGUCGGUCUGAGCGGCAGCAGAUCUGGUCAAAGAUACCAGAAGGUCUGGAUGUUUUAAUGACGCACGUGCCUCCCCAUCAGAUUCGCUCAUCUGAAUGUGGUUGUGAGUUGCUACUAAACCGGUUGGAGCAGUUGAGGGAGCCUCCACAAUUCCACUGCUUCGGGCACGAUCACGACUACUUUGGGGUAACUGCAAAGGGAAAGACCAUCUUCAUCAACGGCGCGCUCGAGGAAGUGCGACGGAUGGAUCCUGCCAGGGCCGCCCAGCUCUGUGGGUGGGUCUUCGACUUGCCCCGCAGAGAUACAGAUGUUCUCAUGCGAAGCAUGGCCAGCAGUGACUAA